ACAAGACGGAAGCCUCUUGUAGCUACGAAGCUAGUCGCCUCCAUGUGUGUUCAGCUGUCGCAAGAGUGAGGAGUCCGCGAAACCGACCUGAGGACACGGUGUAGUCUUCUCUGUCUGAAGGCCACGAUAGGCUACAUAAAACUGCACGGCAGGAACCGACGCGGACAUGGCGACAUCCAGCUCCUGUGUUGUGAUCAGUGAUGAAGAGCAGGGGUAUGACCUGGACCUUUUCUGCAUACCAAAGCACUAUGCUGCUGACCUGGAGAGGGUCUACAUCCCACACGGACUCAUUUUGGACAGGACAGAAAGACUGGCCAGAGAGAUCAUGAAGGAAAUGGGGGGGCACCACAUUGUGGCCCUCUGUGUGCUCAAAGGGGGCUAUAAGUUCUUUGCAGACCUGCUGGACUAUAUCAAGGCCCUGAACAGGAACAGUGACCGCUCAAUUCCAAUGACAGUGGACUUCAUUCGCCUCAAGAGCUACUGUAAUGACCAGUCGACUGGUGAAAUCAAAGUUAUUGGUGGAGAUGACUUGUCUACAUUGACAGGGAAGAAUGUCUUGAUUGUGGAGGAUAUUAUCGACACAGGGAAGACAAUGAAGACGUUAUUGCAACUCCUCAAACAGUACAAUCCAAAAAUGGUUAAAGUAGCAAGUUUGUUGGUGAAAAGAACACCAAGAAGUGUUGGCUACCGACCAGACUUUGUAGGAUUCGAGGUCCCUGACAAAUUUGUGGUGGGUUACGCACUAGACUACAACGAGUACUUCAGAGAUCUAAAUCAUAUCUGCGUCAUUAGUGAAACAGGGAAGGAGAAGUACAAGGCGUGAGGAGCACUUCAUAACAAUUUUUAAUGUACGGUUGUAUCUUUUACUUUUGCAGUUCAUUUUAUAUUUUAUUACUUUCAUAUUUGUGUCAUAAAAAGUACUCAGCCUGCUCAGGGUCCCUGGAUACACUGGUACAGUGAUAAUCCUGACAGUUGCAUUUCCUGUUAUAGCCACCACACGCACACACGCUAUAUUCAACUAUAGAUUUAAAUGACUGCCUUAGAUAGACCCACAGCUGGAUUGAACAGCAUGGAGCCCAGCUUUGUCUGAAAUUAGAAGAAUGCUUCUAUGCUCCCAUACUGAUGAUUUUUUUUUUUUUAAGCUAUGGUGUAAUUUAUUCAAAGCAAUGCUGUUAACCUCAAGUACAAUAUCACAAUUGUUAUUCGACCAUAAGAUUUCCAACAUUUCACAGCCUCCUGUUUUAUAAGCUAUUGCUUUUAUUGUAAUUCUGCUUUUACCUGGAACUAUCAAUAUGGGCGCUUUUGAAGAGGAUGUUACAUUUUCUUGACAUCUGUAUGUGUAUUUUGGGACAAAACACUUAUCUAUAGUACUGUGUUGUGUGAGAACAUUUUCUUAAGAUUCACAGGUAGAAAAAAACAAACAAAAAAUACAAAUGUUUGCUGCUGUCCCUAAAUAAACACACUGGUAUGCUGAAGAUGAAAUAUCCUCUUAUUAAUAUGUAAUAGUGUUAAUGAAAUCUUUGUUUGAACAAAGCCUCCAUGCAUCUAAUGCCUUUGUGAAACAUAAAAGACACAAAUCCUUUUUAAGCUGGAAAAUAUGAAUAGUUUACAUUUGUGUAAAUGCUAAAUUGAUAGUUCAGCUGAAGUUAAAACUUAUUCAAUCAUGUUUGAAAUACUUCUGAAAUAUAUCUGUAUCUACCUGUCCCUGAAUCAGACAUAAUUUAACUACUUUUUCUUUUAAAUUUCAACUAUAUUUUACAGUCUCAUUAAAUGGUGCCACCGCUGUAAACCAGUGUUAACUGAACUUUGCAAUAUCAGCCAUUAAAUGAUCACACCUCU